CGAAGAUAUACAAAACGAGGAUGGCGUUGAAUUGGCCAAGAUGAAAUAAAUUGCAUAAUUUUUAACUGCAUACAUACAUAUACAUAUAACGCUUCUUCAAGGAUGGAGAACCAAGAAAGCUUCGCUAGACAUAGCGAUGCACCGCAACAACAACCGCCAGAAACAUCGAUGACAGCAGAAAACACAAUGAAACAGAGCUCCCAACGCAUUAAACGCGAAGCGAGUUGGCCGUCGGUGCUAUUUUAUAUACACUUGAAUAUACUUGGACUCUAUGGUGUUUUCGUAAUGUUCACCGGCGCUUCAUUCCUGACAAUUUUAUUCACCUUCACUUUGACAUUCCUCGGUAUUUUGGGCGCGACAGCUGGCGCUCAUCGGCUAUGGGCGCAUCGAACAUACACAGCUAGCACGUCGCUGAGGCUCUUCCUGAUGCUGUGUCAGACCUUAGCUGGACAGGGUCCCAUUUAUGGUUGGGUACAAGCACAUCGUCUGCACCAUCAAAAAUUUCGCCACGAAGAUGAUCCCUUUUACAGCGCACACAAUUUCUUGGCCGCCCAAGUACACGCUCAAAUCAUGAGCUACACACCAGAGCAACAACAGUUGCUGAACGAUGUUGACAUGUCGGACAUCAAGCAGGAUAAAGUCGUCAUGUUUCAAAAGAAGUAUUAUUGGAUACUAUACUUUUUCCUGCAUGUUUUACUGCCAGUCAAUGCCCCACUAGAGUAUUGGGGUGACUCCAUGGCUGCAGCCACAUUUGUAACUUUUUCGCUGCGAUACCUCAUAGUACUGAAUGUUUGUUGGCUCAUCAACUCGGCCCAUUUCAUUUGGGGCUUAGACAAAAACUUUAAACCGUCCGAUUCGAAUAGUGUAUUCUUUAUUACAAAAAGCUACUGGCCUCAAUAUCAUUACCUUUUGCCCAACGACUAUCAGAGCGGUGAAUUCGGUGAUUAUGGAACGGAUUUUACCACUGCAAUGAUUCGGGUAUUUGCAGCACUGGAUAUGGCAACUGAUUUACGCACAAUCAGCUCUGUGGCAGUGCGUAAGGGACUCACCACCGCAGUAGAAACUGGUCGCCCCAUUGUGGAGUGUAUCCAAGAGCAGGCAACAGAGGAGAUAAAUGCAAUGCCAAAGAAUCACUAUCUAAACCGGGAUCGAUUUAUGUAGAAGAUAAAUAUUUAUCUAUAUACGAUAGACGCUUAACGUUAAUUCUAGAUUGAAUUGUACUCACAUAUCUAGCAUUAAUAUUUCACAAUACACCCGAUAAAGUGCAUC